AUGGCUCCCCCCAGCGCAGGUUGGACAUCCUACGACGGUUGGGAUUACAACGGCAUGAAAGAACGUCUUGAGAGCUUCAUGAGAAUCGUCAACAAGCUCCUUCUCGUGGAGCACGCCCAACUCAUCACGAGUCAGUCGGUCUCAAUCAGUGAGCCCUUCUCUGCUGGUCAAUUCUGGUACUGUUUCGAACUGCUGGCAGCCGACGGCCGCCUUAUUAUUGCCCGUUGCGAAGUUGAGACAAUGAAAUUCCUCGCCGAGAAUGCUACGAUCUCGUCCCCUAAGCUAUAUGCCUAUGAAGGCCUAGGCUCGCAAAGGGCAGCAGAUGUUGGCGCGGCCUAUAUGCUUAUUGAAGGGUUUUACGGCAACACGCUACAAGAUGUGCAAUACAAGAUCUACGAGCUUCCAAUCUCAAAGCAGGAACACAUCAUCACACAGUGGACUUCUAUCCAGGCUGAGCUGGCGUCCUUUACAUUUCCCCAAAUUGGCUCCAUCGCCCAUUUCUCAAAAGAUAAGGGUGCCAUGAUCGGCAAACUUUCUACAGCUGUAGCAGAUAGCCUCCCAGCUGAUGGCCCUUUUGCCGACAUAUGGGACUAUUUCGCCGCUAUCGCUGAGGUUAAAUUUCGUCAGGCCUGCAAAAACGAUACCACUGAUGACAGCAGCAACAAUUUUGCCAAACUAGGUCCGUUUAUCUUCAAAGAUAUCUGCCCGUUCCACUUCAACCAUAUGGACAUGGGAAUGCAAAAUAUCCUCGUCGACCAGGACUUUAAUUUCUUCGCCAUAAUCGACUGGGAAUUUGCUCAGACUGCCCCUUGGGAGGUUAACCACUACCCAAUGCCCUUUCCGCUCAUUUCUCCAGAUGCAGAGACGGAAUGUAUUCUACACGACCCGGACCACAUAGCACACCACAAUGUAUCCCGCCAAGUUGCAGCACGAAGCUUGUACCGCCAGAAGUUUCGAGACGCAGAACAGGCACUUGACAGUAGAGGACGAUCCUUACGAAAGUCAAUCGCCGAUACACUGGACGGCCCUGCGUCGAGAAUAUACGCCAUACUCGGAAAGCCCGACGUUUUCGAUGGCAUGGAAGAAGAGCUUACGUAUGAAAUGGUGAGAUUAGCCUACGGAUUCGAUGAUGAAGAAGUGAAGGAGUAUCUCCAUAAGAUGGAUGCUAAAAUGAUGGGACAAUGA